UUCUACUUGUCUAUGGUUUCGUGAAGAUCCGGUGGCCAUAUUGUUUAAAAAAAAUAUUCUUUUCCGUUGUGUUCGUGAAAAUGACGGGCUUUAGCAAUAAGGCCAUUGUGAUCGAUGGCCGUGGCCAUCUGCUCGGCCGCUUGGCCGCCGUCAUCGCCAAGGUCCUCUUGGAGGGCAACAAAGUCGUCGUUGUUCGUUGCGAACAACUUAACAUCUCUGGCAACUUCUUCAGGAAUAAGUUGAAGUUCAUGUCAUUCCUGCGCAAGCGGUGCAAUGUGAACCCUGCUCGUGGGCCAUUCCAUUUCAGAGCUCCCUCCAAAAUCCUAUGGAAGACUGUCAGAGGGAUGAUCCCCCACAAGACGGAGCGCGGGAAGAACGCGCUCAGUAGGCUGCGCUCGUACGACGGCUGCCCGCCGCCCUACGACAACCGUCGCCGCGUGGUCGUGCCCGCCGCGCUCCGCGUCUUCUGCCUGAAGCCUGGCCGCAAGUACUGUCACGUCGGACGCCUCUCGCACGAGGUUGGAUGGAAGUACCGCGAGGUUGUCCGCAAACUUGAGGACAAGAGAAAGUUCAAGGCUGUCCACAAGGUCGCCUACGAAAGGAAGCUGAAGAAAAUCACCAAGGACGCCGGCGCGAAGGUCGCGAAGGCGACAGCGCCUUUCACAGCAGUCAUCCAAUCCUAUGGAUACAAUUAGGAUUAAGACAAUUUUACAAAAAUAAACCUUUGGUUGCCCAAA